AUGGUUACUGGCUAUAUUCUCUUUGUAAUAGCCUUGAUAUUUAUAAUAUACAGUGUGGUAUGGCGGGGCGAGUGUCGUUUCGCGUGCCGUCCGGAAAUGUUCGAAGACGGCGGUCUAGGUGGCCGGAGCGGCAUCUCCGGACUCGUCAGACGCCAAAGUCACCCUCAUGCUGACUGUGUCUGCGUACACUGCCCCUGCAUAGUCGUCGCAGAUGUUGUCAAGUCUUGUAGACCAAUAAUACAAAUUUGUAACAACUCGAUGGACGCUGCGAGCCAAUACUGCAACAACGUCGCUGAUGUGUUACAAAAUACAGGCUUCCAUUUCGCCAGGAUGCUGGAUUGCACGCCUGCCCGCGGAAGACAAGCCCAGCUUGUUACCACAGGAACGAUUUUCAAUUCUAAUGAAGACUUCACACUUUCUGCAAAACCAGAGGAUGUAAAACCCGAGGUUGUCAGACCAGAACCUGAAAGUACAGUUGAAAUACCUCUAAUGAGUAAAGUUUCUGAUAUUUCGAGAUACGGUGCGGAGUUAGUUGCAACACUGUCCGAAAUAGCAUUGAAGCUAUCGACUUCUUUUGAUCCUGAUAAAGUAAGUGUACCCAUAUCUCACACUGAGCUGAAAGCCGCAGCAUCUAGCAGUUCGGGAAGACCUCCUUUUUCGGCAGACAAAAACAAACCUUCAUCAUCACCAAAAACAUUUUUAGCAUCUAUUAAUGAACUUCCAAAGAAAGACCACAAGCAUGAAAGAGAACGAAACUUUAAAGAACAGAAGAAAGAAAGAAAGGAUGAUACAACAUAUAAAAGUGUUGGGACUGAAACAACUCAGCCGGAACCGACCCCGCUAUCAACACCGCUAUCAGAUAGCAUGAAUUCUUUAAUGAAUUGUUCUAAAUGUGUCAUCGAAGGGAAAACUUGUGUCGGAGAAUGUCCCAGUUCUAAAAGUAAACGAGAAAAUAGUAAUAGAAAAUAA